AGUGUGACGGGGAGGGAGGGGGGGACGGUGGGUGGUUGGUUGGUGAGUGAGUGAGUGAGUGAGUGAGGGGGGAGAGCAGAGUCAGUCUGACCCGAGGAAAUAUUGUGACACUUAAGUUCCGAAGAAGAAGCAGAGCAGCGACAGGACAACAGGACAGGAGUCCAGUCAGUCAGUCUGUCUGUCUGUCUGUGCGGGUGGGGGAGGCGGACAGACUCCACAAUGUGCGGAAUUUUCGCCUACCUUAACUACCAUGUUCCACAUACAAGAAGAGAAAUUAUUCAAAUCCUGUUCAAAGGAUUGCAGAGGCUCGAAUACAGAGGUUAUGAUUCUGCUGGUAUAGGAAUUGAUGGUGGAAAUCACAAGGAAUCCGAGGAGAAAGGGAAGCAAAUCUGCGUCAUCAAAAACAAGGGAAAAAUAAAGACCUUACAAGAGGAAAUAAACAAACAAGAAGAUGUCGACUUCGAUGCAGUGUUUGACAUGCAUUUGGGCAUUGCACACACCCGUUGGGCAACACAUGGGGUACCGAACAUUGUGAACAGCCAUCCGCAGCGAUCAGACAAGGACAAUGAGUUUAUCGUCAUCCAUAAUGGAAUCAUUACAAACUACAAGGAUCUGAGAGUGUUCCUGGAAAGCAAGGGAUAUGCGUUUGAGUCAGAAACGGACACGGAAUCCAUCGCCAAGCUUAUUAAGUAUGUGCACGAUAACCUGGAGAAUGAGAAUGUCAGCUUCGCCACCUUGGUGGAAAGAGUCAUUCAGCAACUGGAAGGUGCCUUCGCUUUGGUAUUCAAGAGUGUACACUUUCCCGGGCAAGCUGUUGCGACCAGACGGGGAAGCCCUUUGAUGAUUGGAGUAAGAAGCGAGCACAAACUUUCCACUGAUCACAUACCAGUUCUAUAUCGCACAGGUAAAGAACUGAAGGGAGGUUGUCUACUCUCUCGCACAGAUAAUUCUACCUCUUUAUUCCCUGUUGGACAAGAGAAGUCCGUGGAGUACUACUUUGCAUCGGAUGCCAGCGCUGUCAUCGAGCACACAAACAAGGUGAUUUUCCUGGAGGACAAUGACGUGGCUGCGGUGGUUGACGGCUGCCUUUCCAUCCAUCGGGUUGAGCGGACGGUGGCUGACUGUCCGGCUCGUGGCAUCCAGACCCUGCAAAUGGAACUGCAGCAGAUAAUGAAAGGAAACUACAGCUCUUUUAUGCAGAAAGAAAUCUUUGAGCAGCCGGAAUCCGUGGUUAACACAAUGAGAGGAAGAGUCGAUUUUGAGAACUGCACAGUGAUCCUUGGAGGAUUGAAGGAUUCAAUUAAGGAAAUCCGAAGAUGUAGACGCUUAAUAAUUAUUGCUUGUGGAACAAGCUAUCACACCGGUGUGGCUACACGCCAGAUCCUGGAGGAACAGACGGAGCUGCCGGUUCUGGUGGAACUCUCCAGCGAUUUCCUGGAUCGAGGCACCCCCGUGUUUAGGGAUGAUGUCUGCUUCUUCCUCAGCCAGUCAGGUGAGACUGCAGAUACUUUAAUGGCCUUGAGGUACUGCAAGGAACGAAGGGCGCUGACUGUUGGCAUCACCAACACCGUGGGCAGCUCGAUCUCUCGAGAGACAGACUGUGGCGUGCAUAUCAAUGCUGGGCCAGAGAUAGGCGUGGCCAGUACCAAGGUUUACACAAGCCAGUUUGUGAGUGUUGUGAUGUUUGCUCUCAUGAUGUCCGAAGACCGAAUCUCCAUGCAGAAAAGGAGGAGAGAGAUCAUCCAGGGCCUACAGGAGCUGCCAGACCUGAUAAAGCAGGUUCUGAAUCAGGACGAGGAGAUCCAGAGAUUGGCGAGCUCGCUGUACCAGCAGAAGUCUCUGCUCAUCAUGGGCCGUGGUUACCAUUACGCCACAUGCUUGGAGGGGGCGCUGAAAAUUAAGGAAAUCACCUUCAUGCACUCGGAAGGGAUUUUAGCGGGCGAACUGAAGCACGGGCCCCUGGCACUGGUGGACAAGCGAAUGCCAGUUAUCAUGGUGAUCAUGAGAGAUCCCACCUACAUCAAGUGCCAGAAUGCUCUGCAGCAAGUCGUGGCCCGGCAGGGCCAACCUAUUGUGAUCUGCGAGAAAGAUGACUAUGAGACUAUGAAGAACGCGUAUCACGUGAUCAAAGUACCUCACACAGUGGACUGUCUGCAAGGCAUCCUUACUGUUAUCCCACUGCAACUUCUUGCCUUCCACCUCGCCGUCCUCAGAGGCUAUGAUGUGGAUGACAACAAGCGACUGAGGAAGAUAGAAGCCGAUUAUUUGCCAGUGUGAAAGUCAACCUGGAUAUUGAAGAACACAGCCAAAGAUUUUAUAUCCAGCUCGGGGGCGGAAGGGCCUAUCUUAUCUACUUGAAGCAGGACAUCUCUCCUCUAUUGAUCUCCUGUGAUACUCAAUUUUUUUUAAAAUAGUUUUUUUGGUGGGUGGUAGGGGUGGAGGUUAAAUGCCCAUAUUAUCAGCACGGGAAUAUUGUAGUUUUCUGCCCUGCCGUUUGUAAAUGGGACAUCAUUUUUUAAACAGUCCGCGUGGCCUUUUGCUUAAACCACAGAUGGUUAUUAUAGGAGACAUUAAACAUUGGUAGAGGUGAAGUGGUCAGUCACUGAAACAUGCUAUAUACUCAGGUCAACUUUUUCUGAAAGCCUGCUAAGCAAAAGGCAAGCAAUUUAAUCUUAAUACCUUUAUGCCUACAGUUUUUGCCAAUAGAAAACAGAAAAAACCUGACAGCACUUCCCUGUGAAACUCUUUAAGAAAAAGAUUGCAAAGAGCUUUGAGAUGUUCACUGUUACAGGCGCUGUAUCAACUGCAAGGAUUGUUGUUUUCUUUUAAUUAUAAUUACUAUAGGAGCUAAUCCAAAUUCAUUCAAUGGGCAGGUUUCACAUCUGGUUUCAGCUUAUCGAUUGCCCUGUAGACCAUUCCCAACACCACUCAACAAUGACUUCUCUCGAGCAUGUAUAGGGUGUGCUGACCUUGUACAAAAAACACAGUAAAACCGCGAUAGAUCCCUUCUUUGAGAUGAAAAUAUAACAAAAACUUUCAGGUGGUAUUGUUUUAGUCCAAGUAAAACUCAAAUAAUAACUCUGAUCUGUAUAAAUCAUACACUCGCCUAAGUCAUACACCUGCCCAAGUCCCAUUCAAGAGAUACAUUCUGUGCAACUUUGCAUAAGUCACUUUAAAUGUAUGGUCCCAACUAUAUGAGUUAUGUGAAGUUUACUGUAGUAGAGAAUAAAUUGCUCCAAUAUA